AUGGCCCGCGCCGCCGCCGCCCCCCCCGCUCUCCGGCUCCUCGGCGCCGCGCUGCUGCUGCUGCUGCUGCUCCCCGCCGGCCGCCGCGCCGCAGGGGCGCCCGUGGCCGCCGAGCUGCGCUGCCAGUGCCUGCAGACCGUGCAGGGGAUUCACCUCAAGAAUAUCCAGAACGUCGUGGUGACACCCUCGGGCCCCCACUGCGAGCAGACGGAAGUCAUAGCCACUCUCAAGAAUGGGCAGGAGGUUUGUCUCAACCCCGAAGCCCCCCUGGUCAGGAGACUCAUCAACAAGAUGCUGAACAAGGACAGCGCCAACUGACCCCAAGACAAGUAAGAAGCUUGCUGGUGGCGGUUCCUGAAAAGCCCUUAUAGGAACUGAAAAGGAAGAAGAGAACAACUGCCUUCUACAGACAUCUAGAAAGGCCUUAGCGUGUUUGACUAUGAUGAGUUCUAUUUAUUUAUGUUUGUAUUUAUUUAUUUUUCAAAGCUCAUAUUUAAUAUUUUAUAUGUUAGUAUUUAAAGAUGUGGAUGUGUUUAAUCAGACAUAACUCAGUACUGAUUGUUAUUUAAUCUGAAGAUGAUGGGUUUUAAAUGCGUUGUGAAACCAGUGUUUCCAGGGAAAUCAUCAAGUGCCAUCACAUAUUGAUGGGGUGGGUGGGGAGGGAAGAAGGGAGAGGAAGCAAUUAAACAGUGUGUACAGAUCUAUUUUUGUACUUGUUUAAAAGAAUGCCGGUUAUUAUUUAUUGAAACUGUUUCACGUUACGUGGUCAACAUUUUUAUGUUGAAGUUUCCCUUGGACAUUUUAUGUCUAGUUUGUAGGGCAUAAUGCCUUGUUUAAUGUUCAUUAUGCAGUGUUGCUCUGUCUUGGAACAGAGAAGUUAAAACUACUGUCACGUUUUUACAAAUUAUAUGACAAUAAAGUUUUG